CUUAUGUUGAUUGCUUACCCUCCGGUUCUUGUCCGUCCUGUCCGAUCCAUCAGCAUCUAAGUAUCACCAUGAGCCUCUUCUCCCUCUGUACGGCAGCACUUGCCAUUCCAGCCCUGGCCCGGCCCGGCCAACAUGAUCGCAAUGCACCAAUUAUCAGCCCUCGCCAGCAACCCGAUGCAAACAAUGCCACGAACUGGCCCUGGAGGCCUCUACCAUGGGGGGAAGUCAACUUCCUCCAUACGACGGAUACGCACGGAUUUCUGGAGGGGCAUCUCAACGAAGUAGACUACGGUGCGGACUGGGGCGACUUUGUCUCCUUUGUAGAGCGCAUGCGGGAUAAAGCUGAUGAACAUAACGUUGAUCUUCUGGUCGUGGAUACCGGGGACCUCGUCACAGGCAACGGACUCAGCGACAAGUCAAAGACCCCCGGGGAGGUUUCGAACAAGCUAUUCCGUAACGUGGACUACGACUUGCUCACGACUGGAAACAACGAUCUUUACUUUGAUUACAUCACGAAGCAAGUACAAACAGACAUUGCCGAGUACUAUGGCGAUCAUUAUCUGACAACCAACCUCGACGUCGAUUUCAAUGAUGGACAUGGACCUAUUUCCAUCGGAAAGAGAUAUCGAUACUUCACCACUAAGCACGGCCUCCGAGUCCUGGCACUCGGAUUCACGCUGCAGGACUUCCAACGACCGGACUUCAUCACCGUCCAUAAUGCUUCCACUGUGUGGAAUUCAGAUUGGUUCAAAGAGGCAAUCAGCAAUGAGGUCGAUCUCUAUGUCCUUCUUGGACAUACGGAUAUCAAUGCGCGCUGUGACCUGACGGGGACCUCUCAAUACAAUGCUACAGAAACGCCCAUGAUCUGCAUGAAAGAUUGGCUUCGCAAGAACAAGCCUGACGUUCCCCUACAGAUCUUCGGCGGCCAUACACACAUCCGCAACUUUAGAUGCUAUGACGGCGCAGCAUCCGGUCUGGAAUCAGGACGCUACGCUGACACGGUGGGGUGGCUUGCUCUUCGCGACGUGGCAUCGGAUGCGUGGAAUGGAUCAAAGACCAUUGAGGAUGUUCCCAUGGCGACUAGGACAUGCUCUUCACCAACCUCCUCCAACACCAUGGUUGACCCUACAACAGCCGUUCGUCUUGACCGUCGGUACCUCGACUUCAACCGCAAGACCUUCGCAUACCAUGCCAUAGGAAACGAGUCCGACGCCGUAGACAAAUUGGAUACUCCGCACGGACAGAAAACCACCGGUGAUAUCUACAAUGCCCGAGUCCAGCUAAACCUCACUGGCGUCCUUGGCUGCGCUCCUCAAUCAUACUACAUUUUUGCAGAAAGCUGCAACUGUCCUAGCAGCAUCUACACCAUGGUUCGAUUUGCUUUGAACACAACGGUAAAACCAGAUGGAAAGGUGAAACCGCAGGAUUCUCCGAGGCUGAUUAUCAUGGGCACCGGAGGGAUUCGCUAUGAUCUCUUCAAGGGUCCGUUUUCCGUGGGUGAUGCUUUCACCGUCAGCCCAUACAACGAUACCUUUCUGUAUCUCCCCGAUGUCCCCUACACAGCGGCCAAGGGAGUCCUCUGUGCCUUGAAAAAAGACGACUAUUGCGAAACAGAAGACCCAGUCGGACCCUGCGACAUGCCAGGCCUUGCAUCAUCCACCUUUGCAUAUGAUAGCUUUUCCCUCCAGCAGCCCCUUCUCCAUCACGCAGCCACUGAGAUUAAACUCAACCCCGGCCACGUCACAACCGACGACUUCGGAAACUGCUCCAAAGCCGUCAACAGUACCGACUGCGGCGACGAUACGCAGCACAAGCCGCUCAUUGACAAAUACAAGCCCCCUAAGUAUCUCCAAUCGCAGGGAAACAUCGACCCAAAGAAUACCAAGACCGUGGAUUUGGUGUUCACGAAUCAUCUCCAAGAGAAGAUUCUCAAUUUGACCGUGAUCAAAGAUCUGGGGUACAAGGCCUCGGACGUGGAUUAUUAUAUGCCGCCGACUUUCACGACCAGGGACUUUUUGCAGGAAUAUGCGAGGGUGGAGUGGAAUGAGAAGGCGAAGGAAUGUCCUGUUGGGCCAUAA